UUUAUCAAAACCGAAAACGAAAAAUCCCUCCAUUUCUUUUAUCUACCACUCAGCCCCCGGAGAAUAAUAACAUUCCCACAAUGUCCGUCGACGAUUCCACGCCGCAGGUGGACAAAAUCUCCCUAAGUGACGGCGUUGAGGAGGCUCAAUUCUCCCAACGCGUUCCUAUCCGUUCAAUUCUUGGCCGUCCUGACGGCGGAGCUGGACUCGCCGGAAAAGUUGUGAAAAUUGGGGGUUGGGUUAAAACCGGUAGGGAACAGGGAAAGNGUUCUUUUGCCUUCCUGGAAGUGAAUGAUGGAUCAUGCCCUGCAAAUCUACAGGUAAUUGUGGAUAGUGCUGUGUAUAAACUUGGAGAUUUGGUACCUACUGGCACUUGUGUGCACGUCGAAGGUGAGCUGAAGUUACCUCCUGAAGGUGCAAAGCAAAAAGUUGAGCUUCGUGUCCAGAAGGUUCUGUCUGUUGGUACCGUUGAUGCUGGCAAGUAUCCAUUGCCCAAGACUAAAUUAACUCUUGAGUUUCUUAGAGAUGUUGUUCAUCUGCGGCCUCGAACUAAUACUAUAUCUGCAGUUGCAAGAAUCCGUAAUGCCUUGGCUUAUGCCACCCAUACAUUCUUUCAGAAGAAUGGCUUUCUUUAUAUCCACACACCAAUCAUCACCACCAGUGAUUGCGAGGGUGCUGGCGAGAUGUUCCAGGUCACUACAUUGAUAAGUGAAGCUGAAAAAUUGGAGAAGGAGCUGAAAGAGAAUCCUGCUCCUUCAGAUUCUGACAUUAAGGUUGUUGAACAGCUUGUCAAAGAGAAAGGAGAGGCAGUUGCUAGGCUCAAAGCUGAUAAGGCAAGUAGGGAAAAAGCUGGCUCCAACAUUGCAGCCAUAAAUAAGCAGAUCAGUGCUGCAGUCGGUGAUCUCACAAGGGCUAAAGAGAAUCUCCUGAAGUUGCAAGAGAGAUUCAAAUUGGGAGAGAGGGUAAAGCGCUCUGCUGGCAUACCUAAAAAGGAUGGAAACAUUGAUUACGCUGAUGAUUUCUUUGCACGUCAAGCCUUCUUGACAGUAUCUGGUCAACUCCAAGUUGAAACAUAUGCAUGUGCACUUUCUAGUGUCUACACUUUUGGGCCAACUUUUCGAGCUGAACAGUCCCACACUUCUAGGCAUCUUGCAGAGUUCUGGAUGGUGGAGCCUGAAAUUGCUUUUGCUGAUCUCAAGGAUGAUAUGAACUGUGCUGAGGCAUAUGUGAAAUUUCUCUGUCAGUGGUUGCUUGACCAUUGUCUUGAUGACAUGGAAUUUAUCACUAAAUUUAUAGACAAAGGUGCUCUAGGUAGACUUAGAAUGGUCACCUCAUCCAAAUUCCAUCGCUUAACUUACACAGAAGCGAUCGCCAUUCUGGAAGAAGCAUCCAAAACGAAGACAUUUGAGAAUAAAGUAGAAUGGGGUAUUGACUUGGCAUCUGAACAUGAAAGAUAUUUGACCGAAGAGCAUUUUAAAUCACCUGUUAUAGUGUUCAACUACCCAAAAGGCAUCAAAGCAUUUUACAUGAAGGUGAAUGAAGACAAGAAGACAGUUGCUGCGAUGGAUCUGCUUGUACCAAAGGUUGGAGAACUAAUUGGAGGUAGCGAAAGGGAAGAGGAUUAUGAGGUUCUCAGAUCAAGGAUAUCGGAUAUGGGUCUGCCAUUAGAGCCAUACGAGUGGUAUCUUGAUUUGAGACGCUAUGGUACUGUCAAACAUAGUGGUUUUGGUUUAGGCUUUGAGCGGAUGAUUCUUUUCGCCACAGGGAUGGAAAACAUUCGAGAUGUGAUUCCCUUUCCCAGAUAUCCAGGAAGAGCCGAUCUAUAAAUGUCAAUGAUAAUUAUGGAUUCUCUGUCUUUGAAAUUUAUGAUGCCAAUUUUUUAACCUUGUAAUUGUGAGUUGUGACUAUGGAUUGUUGAACAUAUUCAAUUACAGAAAUUUUUUAUAAGGCUCUAUAAGAGAUAAUCCUUAUAGAGCCAGAUUGUGUUUCGGUUCAUCCACCACUUCAGGAGGGUCGUUUGGUUGAAAGACAAGUUAUGUUGAGAUUAGUUAUUCUAGAAUUAUUUCUUAUUGAAGGUUCAGUAUUGUUGUAUUAAUCAUGAGAUUGUCAGUUUUAAUACUAUAUAUUGGGAUAGAUUAUUUUGGGAUUA